CCUUCUCAUAGUUUGUCUCUCCUUUUUGCGCUUACUGAUUCCACAGUAGGCACCCGCUAACUCAAGUUUGGACGCGGACCUGUCCAUACCUUGCCAAUUAUGUGUAGUUAAUGUAUACAGAUACACGUAUAGGGCUCAGUAGUUAAGGCCGCCUCUAGGGGUGCCGCUGGUGCGCCUCGAGCAGAAGAAUGGAUGAGGAGGCGUAUGCCGAGGACUUUGCGGACGAUGACGAGCUCCUUGAGUAUUAUGAUGAGGCUCCUGCUGGAGAUGCCGUAGACGCAGAGCCAAUCAAUGGCGAUACAAAUGGCGAUACACUUCCUGCCGACGGCGGGCACACCGGAGCGGACGCCGGGGAAGCUCAACCGCAGGCGCAACAGACCAAGGCCCAGCAAAAGGGCAUUCCAGCUGCUUACUACGAGGACAUCAGCACCGCCGGGGGCUCCGUGGACUUCCCCAAGCCCGGCUUCCACCAGCAGCAAGGUCGCGGCAGACCCUUCCCAGAGGGCGGGCGGGGACCCGUAGCAACUGGCCGCGGCGGACGCGGCAGCGGCCGUAGCAGCGUCCUUGGGCCCCCCUUCCUCGGCGGCCGUGGUGGCAUGAUGGGCAUGCCGCACCCCAUGAUGAUGCCACCCGGCAUGAUGCCGCCUCCCGCCGGCUUGGCUGCGGCCCUGGCUGGCGGCAUGCCCCUAGCCCUCCAGCAGCUACACAUGCAACACCAGCAGCAGCAGCAGCAACAACUGCAGGCGCGGCCGCACUUUGGAGCCAUGGCCGCCGCCAUGCAGCACACGGCGGCUGGGAGGGGCGGCGGCAUGAGGCCCAUGGGACCUGGUUCUGGCGGCGGGGGCGGCGGCGGUGGGUUGGGCGGGGCUCAGCAGCUUAUGGUGCCGCCUGGCCCGGGAGGCCCCGGUCUUGGGCCUGCGGGUCGGGGCGGCCGAGGCGGCAUGAUGGGUCGCGGUACGGGCCCCAGCGGAGGACCCGGUCGGCAUGCUCUGAUGCUGGCGGGCCGCGGCGCAGGCGGCGGACCCAUGGGUCCGGCCGGGGUAGGGUCCGGCAUGGGCGGACGUGGCGGCGUGCGGGGAAUGCAUCCCGGAGCUGGGAUGAUGCCGCAAAGGGGACCGCAAGCGGGUCCCAUGCAGGGGCCCUUGCAGGCUCUGCUGGCGUCUGCCGGCGUCAGCGGUGCGGCGGCGGAGUUGCUGCAGCAGCAGAUGUUGCGUGUUGCGGCCUCCGGGGGGGGCGGGCCGAUGAUGGCGACACUGGCAGCGGCUGGACUCACCAGCCCAGCGUUGGCGGCCAUGAUGCAAAACGUGCAGCACCACCAGCACCACCAGCAGCAGCAACAACAACAGCCGGCGUCGACGGCAGCUGCAGCGCCCUCAGGUGCUGCUGAGCUUGGGCCUGGGGGCUUCCCUGUUAGGCUUAUGCGCAUGUCCGACGGUGGUGAUGGGGCCCGGAUAUCAGACGAUGGCACCCGCAUGUCUGACGGCGGCGAUAAUGCCGGAGGCGGUGUGCGUAUCUCAGAUGACGGGGGCAAUACUCGCAUCUCGGACGGAGGCGGCAGCUUGCGGAUGUCUGACGGCGGCGAUGGCGUCGCGGAUGAGGCGGGGGCGGCGGUGGACAUGCCGAGUAUCUUUGCUCCGAUGGGGGCGCUGCCGCCUCCGCCGCCUCCUCAGCAGCGGCGCGGCGGGGGCGGUGAGGCGUUUUCGGAUGGCCGCGGGCCGAUGCAGGGGCGCAUGCAUGGUUCCUUCGAGGGCACUGCCGCAUCGCAAGGCAUGAUGCUGGAGGGUGGUCCGCUGCCGCUGCCGCCCCCUCCGCCCCCUGCUCGCCGCCGACCCGCAGCGGGUGCUACCGGGCUGGAUGCUGGAGGCCCUGGCGUUGCGGUGUCAGACCCGCAGCGACAGCAGCAGCAGCGACAGCAGUCUCCUUUCGUUGACGGCGGGGAAGGCACGGAUGAGGAGGAGCGACAGGCUCAGCGGGAUUGGGGCUGGCAGGGGUCGCAGCGGCAGACGACGUGGCAGCGGGCACAGCAACAGCAGCAACACCGGAGGCCCAUGAUUCUUAACCCACCGGCGUUGCCACCGCAGGGCGCUGCUGCUGCAACUGCUGCUGCAACUGCUGCUGCCGGACAGGGUCGCGCACGCAGCAGCAGCGGCGAGCUCGUUGGCGGCCCCCGGGGCGGUGAUGCGGCCGCGCCGGCUGUACAACCGCAGCAGCAGCAGCAGGAGUGGUGGGAGCGGCAGGAUGGGGAGCGGGAUGAGCAGCAGCAGCAGCAGAACCUUUAUUACGUUAGACAACAGCAGCAGCGACCGCGACCACAGCCACAGCAGCGGCUGCAGCAGGAGCAGCAGCAGCAAGCCAACGCUCGCUUGACGUCUCGGCCUUCGGGAGGGUCAGAAGCGGGGGCAGAUGGCGCAUCUGGGUCUGAGGGCCUAAACAUUUGGCGGCGGUUGGGAAACGGUGGUAGCGAGGAGGCGGGGGCAACAGCGGUAUCAGCAAGUAGGGGAGACGGGGAGGGCUUGGAAGGAGAGGGCGUGCUGGAGGCAGCAGCGGCAGCAGACCCGUUGAACCCCGCGGGAGCAGGAGGACCUUGGUGGGGAAACAGGAGGGGCUACGAGCGGAGCGGGUCUGCAGGUCGCGGCCCCCGCCUGCCGACUCCCCCUGCGCUGGACACGGCGGCUGGCGGCCCGGUGGCUGCCGGGGCGGGGGGCGCGCCUUCGCCCACUGGCCAUGCUCCUCGACCCGGGAUACGGCCUAACAAGUGGGUGCGUGGCGCAGCUGGACCCACGGGUCAGUCUGGAGCACCUGCAGCUCCUGCAGCACCCACAUCGCCCGCAGCAGCAGCGGUGACA